AGCCCGAAACGGCCAGAGCACCAUAACGAAGCGUGGUCGAGAUCCGGAUUGGCACUUCGGGUUUCGCCCAGUAGAAAAGUUGGAGCCCCGAACCGUACUGUUGUUCUUCUGGUUCUCGUCGUCUCGAAGCUUGGCAAAGAAAUAAGAGCAGGAAUGAAGGGGUCAUGUACUCUCGUGGCGUCGGUGCUAGCCGCGUCCACCGUCGCUCUCGGCUCCUCUUCCUCCGCGGGAGAUCCUGACCCUUCGCCUCAUCCCCGGUCCACCGAGGGAUUUUCUUCCAGUUCUUCUUCUUCGGUGAAAAACUGCGCACCCCAUUCGCAUGGCUCGUCAAAUAAGGAGAAAUUCGCGCCGAGAUUCGACGGCCUCAGGUUCAUCGAGACCUUGGUCACGGCUCACAGAUGACCGCAUAAAACCGUGCUUUUUUGUCUGCGUCUUUACUCUUUAGAUGCUAACUGAGGGUUCGCAUGAGGAUUUAUUCCCAUUGAUCGCUUCGGCCA